CGCCUCCUGCGGUUGUGAGGAACAGAACCCAGAAGUACAAGUAACUUCAGAGGGGUUUGACAGGCUUGCAAAGAGGGUCCUUCUACUGCUGGUCUAUUCUGCUGCUCUGAGAACUGAAGGCGAAAUGUUCCAACUUCAGGUUUUGCUGAGGGAAGGCCUCAUCAGAACAAAGCAUGUGGAGAACGCAGCUGCCAUCAGCAUCUGUGAAAGGGAAGUCUGCGCUUCCACCUCUGGCUUCCAUGUGCCACCAGAGAACGCUAUAAACCUCAUCUAUGCUUUCUACAAGAACUUGCUGCAAGUUAGAAAGGAAGGCCUCUACUUCAUGCAGAAGCACUAUAAGUGUGUCCGAGCAGAUGAGGAUUCCAUCUAUCUUAAAAAUGCAGAUGGAGGCCUCAUAGCGGUGAAGACAAAUGCUUUCAUCCUGAUUGCUACGUACAGAGCGGGCAUGCAUGCCAGUGUGUGUGUGGAGGCUGUGGAGAAACUCGCGGAUUACUUAAGGGAGAAGGGGAGAUGAAUCAGCAGAAAACUCCAACUCCAUCAAGCUCGGAAGGACUGUUCACCAGGACAACCAGUGCAGAAAUCUGACAUAUUGUCCAAUUCCAACUUAUAAAGCACCUGCUGUUUUACUUCAUUCCAGCUGCAGAGUGGAGGCCCUUUCCUUCUGUUUUUCUUUCAAGAACUCCUGAAGGUUCACAGCUCCCCAGAGGAGCACCCUCUGCAUGUGUCAUCCAAGUUUCUGAACAGAGUUUAGAGUUAUGUCCACAGGAUUUGGCUUAAGAUGCUUUCCUUAGUCUCUUGGAUGCUGUCUUUUAGUUUGUUUCCAGAUAAGAGGGUUAUGAAUCUUCCUGUGCAAAAUAACUUCACUCAUAGUGUUUCUCUACAGCAUCACAGACUUUCAGAUUGCUCUGUACAUCUCUGAAUAUUAAAAACAGUACACAUUUUUCA